UGGCCUGGGAGGUAUAAUUGCAUGCUCGCGCACAUUAUUCUUUCUGCUGCUGACGACUUACGCCGACAACUCCGAGACGGCUCAGACGCCCGAGUCCAAACACCACUCAAGAGAGAGCGAGCUUGAAUCAAGACAUCUCAGAAGAGCCGCGCUGUCGACAGAUAGCCGACGGAAACUACAGCGACCAUGUUUUCCCUAAGCUGGACCUCACUCACUUACUUCCUCCUCGCCAUCACAACCUUCACCUCUGCGCUCCCCGCCCAAGGAGACCAUCAAGAACACCAAGACAAGCAAGACAAAAACGAGAAAUCUGCCGUCAAAACCGUCUCCGAUGACCUCCAAAGACUCAACAACGACGUGACCAACCUUUACUAUGCCCUCCUCGCCUUUGAUGGCUUCGACCUCCUAAGCGCCUCAACCAAAGGCCCCCCAAUUCAAGCAGCCAACGACCAACUCCUCUACGACCUCCAAAUCGCCACCCAAAACGCCUUCUACAACCCAAUCGGACUCACAGAAGCCCUCACAAUCCAAUCCUUCGUGCAAAACAAUUUGGCACCCAAUAUCGCCGCCACAAACCAACUUCUCAUUUCUAAGAAGGGAAAUUUCGAUACGACUGGAUUGUCUGCGGUGGUGUUGGACAAUUUGGGAAAAUUGUAUCAGGCAACGCAGGCGUAUGGGCAGGCUUUGCAACAAGCUAAUCCGGGCAUUGUGGCACAGGGUGUUCAGCAGUCUUUGCCGCAGCUUACGGGGCCGGUGGUGCAGGCUUAUCAGGCUUUCCAGGAUAGUAGUUCGUUUUCGUUUGCGAAUGGGGCUGGGUUCCCGCCGCCGAGGGGUUGA